GACUCUCUCUCUCUCUCUUUCUCUGCAAAUCCAUGGUGUUUUCACACCUUCUCAUUUCACAUUCCUCUUCACCUUGCUAAAUCUUUGGUUUAUUUCAUUAACUAGGUUUAGGUGAAUAAUUUACCUUCAAAUCUCAUCUGGGUCUCCUUCAAAUUCCCCAAAAUUUGAAAGGUUUUGUUCUUCUCUUACAUUUUUUUGAUCUUUUGAUUGUUUUUGUUUUGUUUUCUGUUUUUAUAUUUGGAUUUACUGGAGAAUCAUGGAUUUUUUAUUUGUUUCUGCAUGAAUAUCCCACAUUUCUAAAUAUGGUUUCUGCCAAAUCUAAAAAUCUUUAAGCUGGAAAUGUUAUGGAACUCAAAUGUUGGAUUUGUCAUUAAUUUUCUCUGAUUUCUUUCUAAUUUCCCCUUCAGAUUUUUAUUUAUCGACCUUUCUGCUCAAUUGGGUCCUCAAGAAUUCUUGAGAAAAGGCUGGAAAUUGUGAAACUUUCGAGGCUUAUAUUUCAUGGGAAAUUGUUGUGUAACUCUAGGCACAUCAGGCCAGAACAAGCAGAAGAAAAUCAACAAGAAGACAAACCCAUUUGCAACAGAUUUCGGUGGCAUUAAUGGAAAAGAUGGUGAUGGGAAAUUGUGUGUCUUGAAAGACCCUACAGGUCGAGACAUUUCGGCCCAAUACGACCUGGGACGCGAGCUUGGCCGAGGCGAAUUCGGAGUAACAUAUCUAUGCACAGAGGCAUCCUUAGACGAAAAGUUUGCUUGCAAAUCAAUAUCGAAGAAAAAGCUAAGGACUGCGGUGGAUAUUGAGGAUGUGAGGAGGGAAGUUGAGAUAAUGCGACAUUUGCCUCCACACCCAAAUAUUGUGACAUUGAAGGACACUUAUGAGGAUGAUGAUGCAGUUCACAUUGUGAUGGAGUUGUGCGAGGGUGGUGAGUUGUUUGACCGCAUUGUUGCUAGGGGUCAUUACACAGAACGGGCCGCUGCAGGCGUAAUGAGGACAAUUGUUGAAGUUGUCCAGAUGUGUCAUAAACAUGGAGUAAUGCAUCGGGAUCUCAAACCAGAGAACUUCUUAUUUGCAAAUAAGAAGGAAACGGCCUCUUUGAAAGCAAUAGAUUUUGGAUUGUCUGUGUUUUUCAAACCUGGUGAGCAAUUUAACGAGAUAGUGGGAAGUCCAUACUACAUGGCUCCAGAGGUUUUGAAGCGCAACUAUGGACCUGAGGUUGACAUCUGGAGUGCUGGGGUUAUCUUGUAUAUUUUACUUUGUGGCGUUCCACCUUUCUGGGCAGAAACUGAACAAGGGGUAGCACAAGCAAUUAUUCGAUCCUCCAUUGACUUCAAGAGGGACCCCUGGCCUAGAGUGUCAGAUAAUGCAAAGGACCUAGUGAAGAAAAUGCUAAAUCCUGAUCCAAAGAAGCGGUUGACAGCUCAGGAAGUGCUUGGUAGUAAUCUGAUAUCUUAUAUUUUCCAAAGUUUUAUUGCUUUACAUGAGAUAUUAAUCCCUCUUUUUUUUUUUUUUUUUUUUUUUUUUCGUGUAGAUCAUCAUUGGAUUCAAAAUGCCAAGAAGGCCCCAAAUGUCCCGCUUGGUGAGACUGUGAGAGCAAGGUUGAAGCAAUUUUCUAUAAUGAACAAGCUGAAAAAAAGAGCUCUAGGGGUCAUAGCCGACCAUUUGUCACUUGAGGAAGUAGCUGGCAUAAAAGAGGCUUUUCAAAUGAUGGACGCUGGCAACAAGGGCAAGGUAACCAUAGAGGAGCUACGAAGCGGGAUACAACAGCUGGGGCAAAAUAUUCCUGAUCCAGAUCUUCAAAUACUAAUGGAAGCGGCUGAUGUUGAUGGGGAUGGAGCUCUCAACUAUGGAGAGUUUGUUGCUGUUAUGGUUCACCUUAAAAGGAUGGCAAAUGACGAGCACCUACAUAAAGCCUUUUCAUUCUUCGAUCAAAACCAAAGUGGUUACAUAGAAAUUGAAGAAUUAAGAAAUGCUUUAACUGAUGAUGUUGACAUAGGUGGUGAGGAAGUCAUCCAUGCAAUUAUGCACGACGUAGACACAGAUAAGGAUGGGCGCAUCAGUUACGAGGAGUUUGCUGUUAUGAUGAAGGCUGGUACAGAUUGGAGAAAAGCAUCCAGGCAAUAUUCACGGGAAAGAUUCAACAGCAUAAGCUUGAAGUUGAUGAGAGAAGGGUCUUUACAGUUAGCCAAUGAGGGUAGAUGACCUACAUUCUUUUUUUCUUUUUCAAAACAACAUUAUUUGAAAUUAAAUGAUGCUUACAAAGAUGAAAAUUCCUUUGUUGGUGGGCUUAUGAAUUCACUUCUUUUUAUCCCCCAUUGUUUUUCCUUUUUCUUAAAGAAAACUUGUAACUUGAAGGAUCGGA